GGAUUUCUUGUGAAAACAUACUCAUUACUUAUCCUGAACUUGGGAGACGACAUGGAAGUAUAUUUCUAUUUUAUUUUAUUUCUCUGCGUCGUAUUCAACAGAGACGUAUCAUGUAAAAAACAUGGCCGGAUGUCGAAAGUAGACGGUGGUAGGAUAGUAGGUGGCUACAACACGACGAUACAACAGGUCCCAUACCAGGUGUACAUGAUAGUGCAGAAGCCAGGAAACAAGUACUACCAGUGCGGCGGGUCUAUCAUCGGCCCGCGACAUGUUCUCACUGCAGCGCAUUGUCUGACUGGGGUAAUAAGAGUGUACAUCCGAGCAGGUAGCACAGAAUCUGAUACCGGUGGUAAGGUGUACACUACGUCACUUUACACGCAGCACCCCCGCUACAAUGCUGCGAACUCAGAUUACGACGUGGCCGUUGUACGGCUGCUACAGAAAAUGACUUUGGAUGGAACAAACACGAGGGCCAUCUCGUUGCCACCUUCGAACACGGCUGUUCAAUCUGGAACCGAUAUUCUGGUGUCCGGAUGGGGUACUACUUCUGAAAACGGUAACACUAGUCGCAACCUAAUGGCAGUGACGGUUCCUGUGGUGGCUACGUCGGAAUGUGAGAGGGCGUACAAUAACGCCAUCACCGCCAGGAUGUUCUGCGCAGGCGUUUCGGAAGGUGGAAAAGAUUCUUGCCAGGGAGACUCGGGCGGCCCUGCGGUGGACGAGAGCUCUGGGCUGCAGGUGGGAGUUGUUUCGUUUGGUCGGGGCUGCGCUCAGCCCGGUUAUCCCGGGGUGUACACCAAUGUAUCCAAUGUCAGGGACUUUAUUAAGAGACAAACUGGUAUUUAAAACAUAACAACGAAAUGGCUCG